AUGGGUGCCACAGUCAAUGCCGAGGCCCUGGAGGCCACAGCGGCACAUCCUGGUGCCUCAUCCUCCGAGGCCCUAGCUUUUCUCAGUGGAGCCUGCUCCUGCAACCAGCACGCCCGCCGCUGCAGGUUCAACUCAGAGCUGUUCAGGCUGUCGGGAGGCCGGAGUGGCGGUGUCUGCGAGCGAUGCCGCCACCACACGGCGGGGCGGCACUGCCACUACUGCCAGCCAGGGUUCUGGAGGGACCCCGACCAGCCUAUCACCAGCCGUAAGGCCUGCAGGGCCUGCCAGUGCCACCCUAUUGGGGCGACAGGCGGCACCUGCAACCAGACCAGCGGGCAAUGUUCCUGCAAGAUAGGGGUCACCGGCCUGACGUGCAGCCGCUGUGGCCCUGGCUACCAGCAGAGCCGCUCCCCCCGGAUGCCCUGCCAGCGAAUUCCAGAGGCAACAACCACCCUGGCGACGACCUCCAGUGCUUACGGUUCCGACCCUCAGUGCCACAACUACUGCAAUGUCUCGGGCACCAGGGUACACAUGAGCCUGCGGAGGUUCUGCCAACAGGACUACGUUCUCCACGCGCAGGUGCGGGCGGCGGAGGCAGAGGCGGAGGCGGCGGGCCAGGCCUGGCAGCGGCUGGCCCUGCACGUGCUGGCCGUGUACAAGCAGCGGGCGCGGCAGCCCGUGCGCCGCGGCGGCCAGGAGGCCUGGGUGCCCGGCGCCGACCUGGCCUGUGGCUGCCUCCGCCUGCAGCCCGGCUCCCACUACCUGGUGCUGGGCAGCGCGGCGGGCGGCCCCGACCCCGCGCGCCUGGUCCUCGACCGCCACGGCCUCGCGCUUCCCUGGAGGCCGCGCUGGGCCGGGCCGCUGCGGCGGCUGCAGCGGGAGGAGCGAGCAGGCGGCUGCCGCGCCCUGCAGCCUCCAGCCCCGGCCUAGCGCCCCGGAAGCAGCGGCCUGGAAAGCCAACGAGCGCGCUAG